AUGCGCAUCACGGUCCGUUCCCUGACCGGCGAGGCAGCGGACUUGGACCUGGAACCCUCCACGACGCUCCCGAGCCUCCGGCGCGCUGUCGAGGCCGCCUUGGGCAUCCCCGAGGCGGAGCAGCGCUUGGUCUACGCGGGCACGCAGCUGGAGGAAUGCGUGACGCCAGCCUGGCGCGCCCGGCGCAGCGGCGGAGCUGGAGGCGGAGGCGCUGGCCUGCCAUAA